AUGUUUGUUAACCCAAAGCCAGCUAUUUCAUUACAGAAUACAUACCUGCUGAACGAAUCAUCGUUGAGAACCAACAUUUUGGAAUCUUUCAAUCUCAGAAAUGGAUCUGUUUUUCUAUAUUUAAAGGUGAGUGCAAUGUUUCAUAGAUGACACAUUUGUAUGACACUGUGUUAAUGAUGUUUAAACAAAUGUUAUAUUGUUUCUAAAGUGAAUUUCAUGUGUUUUAUAGUCAACGUAUUACCGUUGUACUGUUACUGUUUUUAUGUAAAAUUUGAUGUGUUUAGAAAUAUACUGUCCCCACCUCGACUUUGUGUUAUGUAUAAUGUAGCAAUUCAUUUUUUUGUAGACACUACAUUAUCUGAUAAUUAAAUUUUACAAAAAAUAGGUUUUGUGUUUUACUUUAUUAGAAUAUAAUUUGAAUUUAGAAUUAAUGAACGCAUACAUUACAUUUAUAUAGUAAUCAUUUAAAACAUUUAUAAAAUCUUGUGUGUGUGUGUGCGUAUAUGCAUUAUAUACGAAGAAUUCAUUCUGUGUAAACUGCAUAUAGAAUUGUACUGUAUUAAGACAUUUAGUGCACUGUUAUUUAAAUGGGAGGAAGAAGCUACUUUAGUUUUGGUAUAAGGUACCAAUUCAUUUUGGUGGCUUUUGGUUUCUGCUUUCAGUUUAUUAGAAAAUAUAUUUGUCUUAAACACACAUGUCGUUUUUUUUUUUUUCUGUUCUGUUUCUUUUACUUUUUGUUGCUAACACAUUCUUAAUCUCUUUACAAUGGUUAUGUUUGUGAAACCGUAAAAACCCAGAUUAAUGAAACAAGAAUAAUUUGUCCAAAAGUUAAGAGUGCAGAUGAGGGAAUAUUAGUUGUCUGGAUAAAAGCAAGCACCGUGAUAUCGGGUUUUAUGGAUGCAGAACAAUAGAGUUUUUACAGCAGUUUUUAUGGGUAAGAUUAUGUCUGGCAGAAGAUGAGAAUCCUCAGGAGCAAAAGCUUACUACUGACUGCUAACUUUUAGCGAGCCCUAUGGAUGUGCCUCUUUCUUGGCUCAUAAACAGAACUAAAUAGACUUUUAAUGAUAUUUGUGCAACUCAUAAAUCUCCUAAACAUAUGUCAACCUCCAGGAUAUGAUGCAUCUUAAGCUAUAGAUAUUUGUUUACAGCUAAUUUGCAUAGUGUUAUUAAGUCAGCAUUGCAGUUUUGUUUUAUUUGGUAUAUAUUUGUCUUUUAAAUCCCUAAAUAAGUGAAUUGACAAACACAAGGGUUAAACUUUUUGGUUGAAGCUUACAAAAGCACCAUAGAUUUGCUUUUAAUGUCCUUGUGUGCACGGAAAUAAUAAUGUCAGUUCUCCCAUCCGAUCCCAUUGUUUUCCUAAUCCUGUAGCCCUAUAAACAUUGAUUCCAGGAGAGGAAACUUUAUUACUGUUUGAACAGCUGGAGAAUGUUGUAACUGUGACAGCUCACUGACUGUAAGGGAGGAUCUGUGGUGCAGACCUUUUUAAAAUUACUUGAUUCCUUUCCAACCUCUUCUUAUUAGCAGUCUGUUGCCAAGUAACUAUACAUUGCUAUGGAAUAUUUUUCAUGUUACAAAUGUACUAGAAAAUUGUCUGUUAUUCGAAAUAUUUAUAGCAUUAUACGUGCCGGAUAAUACUUUACUUCUUUCUUAUUCACCUGAUGUCAUCCUUCCAUGAUACAGCCCAAGCAAUAAUUCUAUUUUUUUCCAUUCUCUAACAAUUACAUAAUAAGGUUUGUUUUUUAUUAAAAGCUGUAAGUUUAAGUUUCAUAGAUUUAUCUAGCUGAACUCAACAAAUACACUGUUAGCCAAUGGGCUCGAAGCUCUGUGCUUGGGCUGAUUUCAAAAGGAUUUUGACUGCAGGUGCUGAAUAACCUUGUCAAGAGAAGCAUUUUUCCAAAAUGCAGUUUAAGUAAAUUUACCAUGCCUUGAACUUCACAGACUCCAAUUUAAAAUCAGAGAAUAGACGAAGUGGUAAAUCUUUGGUUAGUUCAUGAUAUUUAUUGUCCAAAGAGGCUUUCAGCUCAACAUUAGACUUCUCAUUCUCAAAAUAUAGUUAAGCUCUCAAGAAUUACCAUAUACCGACCUUGCUUCCCAUAUUAUCUUUCACGUGAUAGCUAAUUUAAAUGGGCACUUAGGGCUGCAAACGUUUGCCUUUUUUAAAAUAAAAAAAGUCAUUGAAAGUUUCUUGUCAAAGCCACAUUGUCACCGAAACAUAUUCGAGAGAUUUCAUUUUGUUUUGAUUUUUAUUUUCUAUAUUGGUUUUUAAUGUUUCUUUAAUAGUCUUCUCCCCUCCACUCCUUUCUUUGCACUACAGACUGAAUACUCAUUAAAAUCGAUUGAUGACUAG